CCUCGGGUCGCGGCAGCUGACAUAGGUGUUGGGGAAGAUUGGAGUUAUUUGAACGAGCGAAGGCAACGCGUGAGGAAGGAAGAGGUCGAGCGCGAUUUGAAGUGGAUGUGGACGCUGGAGGCUGCGAAGAGGGAAGCUGCACGGGAAGCAUUGCAGCUCAGUGCUCCAGCAUCAUUCUGA